GCGCAGGCGCCCCCCUCCCGCUCCCAACCGCAUGAGAAGCAGAUACUGAGGAUGCGAGAGGAGAGGACGCGAUCAGUCUCGGUUUUGGGUAUACGUUCCAACCCAAGUGCCAGCAUGGGGAGCAAGCUACCAUCCUGCAGGUGGAAACUAGUGCUGUUCCUCACCCUGAUGAUAUGGGACUUGUCCAGGCAAGUGCUAGCAGACCCCUUGGAUGAUGAUGCAAAAAAUAAUAUUACCAUAUUCACAAGAAUUUUAGACAGACUUCUGGAUGGAUAUGAUAAUCGACUCAGGCCUGGAUUAGGAGACCGAAUUACAGAAGUCCAUACGGAUAUCUAUGUGACAAGCUUUGGACCUGUCUCUGACACAGAUAUGGAGUACACAAUAGAUGUGUUUUUUCGCCAAAACUGGGAAGAUGAAAGACUGAGGUUCACAGGACCAAUGCGGAUUCUUCGAUUAAACAAUCUGAUGGCUAACAAAAUUUGGACGCCAGACACGUUCUUCCAUAAUGGGAAGAAAUCUAUAGCCCACAACAUGACAAUGCCUAACAAGCUGCUACGGAUUCAAGAUGAUGGCACUCUGCUAUAUACAAUGAGGCUUACUGUCCAGGCUGAAUGCCCUAUGCAUUUGGAAGAUUUUCCUAUGGACGCCCAUGCCUGUCCAUUAAAAUUUGGCAGCUAUGCAUACACAACCUCAGAAGUGACUUAUGUAUGGACACGUAAUGCCACAGAGUCAGUCGUGGUGGCACCAGAUGGGUCAAGAUUAAAUCAGUAUGUGCUUUUAGGACACUUAGUUGGGAAAGAAACCAUUAAGUCAAGCACAGGAGAGUACACAGUUAUGACAACACAUUUUCAUCUGAAGCGAAAAAUUGGUUAUUUUGUGAUUCAGACCUACCUUCCCUGCAUCAUGACAGUCAUUUUGUCUCAGGUGUCAUUUUGGCUGAACAGGGAAUCUGUUCCUGCAAGGACAGUGUUUGGUGUCACAACUGUACUAACCAUGACAACACUGAGCAUCAGUGCAAGAAACUCCCUGCCAAAAGUAGCUUAUGCCACAGCUAUGGAUUGGUUCAUUGCUGUUUGCUACGCAUUUGUAUUCUCCGCUUUGAUUGAAUUUGCCACUGUUAACUAUUUUACUAAAAGAGGAUGGGCCUGGGAUGGAAAAAGCGUAGUCAACGACAAGAAAAAAGAAAAAGCUUCUGUCAUUAAGAAAAACAAUGCAUAUGCAGUUGCUGUAGCUAAUUAUGCUCCAAACAUCACUAAGGAUUCCGCUCUACCAACAAUAUCAAAAAGCGCAACCGCAGAUCCUAGCAAAGCAAAACCACAGGAGGCAAAGAAAACAUUCAACAGUGUUAGUAAAAUUGACAGAAUGUCAAGAAUAGUCUUUCCACUUUUAUUCGGUACAUUUAACCUGGUAUACUGGGCCACUUACCUGAAUAGGGAACUUGCCAUAGAAGGUCUUGUCUUUUCAAAAUAGAAUAAGCACCUGGUAUGCUAACAAUAUAUUGUCAUUCUGAGACUCAGAUUGUUUUAGUAUGUAUGACUAAUAACUGCUAACUUAUGAAUUGACGUGUACAGUAAGCACCUCUUACCUAAGGAGAGGGGACUCUGUUAACUAGAACGAGCUAUGAAUAGACAUAGUAGCACUCAUGGCUUCUAAAACAGUUCCUUCUUGACCGUAAAGUAUAUUCAUGUUGGAAUAAGGUUGUACUGCAGUUCAUGAGAAAUGGCUACCUGUUAACAGAGAACACAUUUUCUGGUACAUAUUAUUUGUUUUGGGGAACCUAUUUUGUUAAUUAGAACUUAAAACUUUUAUAUUGUAAAUCAAUAUGCUUGUGUGCUAAAUGCCCUUUCUAAUUUCAUAAGUGUAUAAUUUAUUGCACAGAAACAAUGGAAAAAACAAACACACAUGUUUAAACAAAGUCAGAAAGAUUGAGGUUCCAUCCUUUAUUCCUUGUGUGAUAUACAGUAGCAAAGUAUAACUCAGUUUCCAUAGUAUUGCUUUUUGGAUGUCUACAACAGAAUGACCAGGGAACUAUCUAUGUCAAAGACAUUUAAAUCUUUACUACCAUGUGUUUGUUCAAUGGAAUUGCACUACAAUAAUACCCAGAAUCAGAUAAUUUAAUUGUUAUUUUUUUAUUUUAUGAUUGUUUUGGUUAAAAUGACACUCAAACAGCCAUUUAUUAACUUAAUUUUAACUGUCUGAUGAUUUUUAAUGUUUCCAGUUUUCAUUAUGUUAGCACAAGGAGUAGUUCAAAUGGCCAUUUUAACCCUCAUGCAGGUUCAUUUUCUAUGAAAGCACAAUAGCCCUAAAUUCCGCAAUGAAGUGGGUGGUUGGUGGUGUAUGAAACAUUCUGAUGAUUCAGCUCUGUGUAAAGUGGUGCUUUUAAGCUCACAAUCACUAUAUUUCCUGCAUCUUGGUCCAUGCAGCCUUUGUGCGUCCAUGGGAAACUGUUGAGACCAGAUUAGGUAAUUCAUAGGUUAAAACACGCAUCUCGACAAGAGAAGAUUAAAUAGUGCUGACCUUUAAACCAGUUAUUGACACUGAUUUUGGAAUGUCCUAUUUAGCACCUGGAACCAGAAAAAUUAUGUGCUAUAAUAUUUAGUUCUAUUAUAUUUUUUUCAUGUAUGAUCAGUAUUAUGCAGUUCAUUUUCAUAUGUCUAUUGUUAGUACAAAUCAUUGCCAUUCUACAGUAUUUUCCCCAAAGCCACAAUAGGAGAAUUUGUAGUUAAAACUUCUAUUGUCAACAGAAUUUAAUUGGACUAUAAUGUGACUCUUGUUUACUAUUUUUAAAAUGUUUACAGGGUAUCUAUACCCUACAAAUUUAUUAAUUGUGAAUGUCACUUAAGAUAGCAUUUCAUUGAAAUGCUACUUUAUUCUUUAAUGUGCAAACAUGUAGAGAUACAGUAGUUUGCUUUAUAGCCACUUUAUAGUAUUAGUGUAGAUUUUUCUAGUCAAGAUUGGGAAGGCUGUACAAAUUUGCAAAUAAUAAUGUAGAAAAUAAAGUCAUAAAUUAUAUUGUUGUUAAUUUAUAUUAUAUUACUCUGCAUCAAAGUGUUCAUUGCAUGACAAUUUAAUAGCUACGGUCACAAUUUAUUUUAUCAGCAAGCUUUUAGUAAUGACAAAAUAAAUAGAUCAAACAGAGGAACUCUGCAUUAGAGUGGAGGAAGCGCAACAAUUUCACUGAGCACAGCAUUUUAUAAAAGUCAUAAAAAAAUAUAUUUCAGAGUUUUUAGAUAAAUAGUUCCUUAAGGGGUAACGUUGAAUUUUUCAUAAGGAUAAAAAUCUGAAAGUAUUGAUUUUUUUUUAAAGUAGUAAUAAUAGUUUUAAUUUACAAAUGUAUUUAUUUAUGUAUUUAUAUUAAUUUUGCAUCAUCAUCAUCAUCCUGUUUCUCAAUUAAAAAUAAUUAUAUUCUUGGGGUUUUUUUGUUGUAAAUUUCCAUAAUGCACCAUAUCAUAUUUUCAUUUUUUGGGUAAAAAGGGACAUUAGGUAAAGAUGAGCACUUUAUCCAUAUAAAGAUAUAUAUAUUUUCAUAUACUUAAGUGAAAUAUAGAACACCGACAGUGUACACCAGAAGUGUACCAUAAUCUGGAUCUUCCAUGGAGGUGUGUGCAAUAUAACAUACACAUUUACUGGCAAGCAAUAAUACUGAGUCAUGUAACAUAAGCAGUGUGCGUUGUAGACCCUAUUUACAACAUUUAUACAGCAGUCACAAUACAACAGUGAUUUUAACUAUUUAUACAAGUAUAGAUUCAUUACAUGAUGGGUAAUAUUGAAUAUAUUACUCUUCUCUUUCAUUUAUUGCUAUGGAAAUGAGAGUUGUAGAUUCUAAAUUUAACAUGUAAUAAAUGUAUAUUGUAGCACCAUAAUGCAGUUAUAAAUAUAUGUAUAAAGGAUAAUGUAUAUAAAAAAACAUUUGUUUGUAUAUAUUAUAUCUAUAAAUUGUUCCUCUGAUUCAAAUUUUUCCCUGCAUUGCGAAAUUGAUGCUUGCAAUUUAACUGCCCAGCAAAGUUAUUUAUUGCAGAAUCAAGACUAUGGGGGUUAUUCAAGUCGGAACUGAGGUCUUCUCGGAAAGACGCCGGUAUCCGAAUUUUUUAGGUUUGAUUGUGUUCCGACCUAUUAAAUUGGGCUGCCGUCGGAAAAUACAUGAAUCGACGGAUUAGCCGCAGAUCCACGUGUUUUGUCGGAUUCGCGCCCAAAUCCGACAGGUUUUAGCCCCGUUUCCGACAAUGUCAAUCCGACUUAAAAAAAAAAGUCAGAUUGACAUUGAAUACUGAAAUGUCGGAUCCUUUCCGCCGGAAAGGAUCCAACAUCAAUUGAAUACCCCCUAUGUCUGAUAUACAGUACUGUAUUUAUUUAUUUUAUUACCCAUCCAGAUGUGUACCUCAGUAAAGGCUUCAUAUGCAUGAGUAUAAAGUACUCAGCUUACUUUUAGCUUAGUAGUGGUCACACAGGUUCGAAUGCGGCCGCAUUUAGCAAACUUACUUGUGAUUCUGAAUCAUAUGCAUCUCAGCCGUUUCUGUGCGUCAGCUAAAUUGGCAUUUCUGGUUGACAAUUGGUGACAAAAAUAAGAGCUUAUGCAAGAGAACAUCAUGCAUCAUACAUCUUGUUCACCUAGCAUGAGUUAGGUGUAGGCACUGAUGCUUCUUGCAGUCAGAAGAUUGGGGUACGGUGCAAUCGCAUAGACUCAUACAACUCAUCUACGUGUGGCCUCACUCACUUUCAAAGUUUACAUAUGUAUAACUGUGCAUACAUAAUGUAAAACAUAUACACUGUAAGGUAAACAUAUACACUGGCCAAAUUUUUAAAGCACUGCAAGUUAUGAUUUAUUGUAUAGACAUGAUUAUAUCUAUGCAUUUACAUUUAGCCCCAAAAUAACCUUUCUACAGAUUUAAAAUAGAUUCAAGACUGACAAAUGUUUUUUUGGGUUUUUUUUUGUAUUUCCAUAACCUAAUUGAUACAGUUGCAUAAAAUAUACAUGACAAACAGACAUACAUUUGGCCUUACUGUAGUGUAUAUGCCACCUUGUCCAUUAAAUAGACAUUGAGAUAGCAGUAAUACUACAUUAAUGACUGGUUAUAAAUAAGUGCACAUUUUUGCACAAGCAAGCUACAAUUUAGAUGCUUCAGGCUGAUACAGAAUGCUGUAACAUUCAUACAAGUUCUUAUUAACAUGGGGUAAUGAAUAAUUAACAGAUCCCUAAAUUUAAAAAUAAAUCCUAAUGACAAAAGUGAAAAUGCUUUGUAGAGAUCAGACUACCCCAGUCAUAAUAGUUACUUACAGUACUCAUCACAUUACACCCUCCAUCUUGCAUAAUCCUCUAUGCAGUACUGUACGGUAUUAUAGCUAUCAGCCUCCAGAAAAGAUGGUGUGUGCCGUCUUGGGAGAAGUUGGCAAGAUACUUGGUAGAUAUACUGUAUCAAACCUUGGAGAGAGUUAAAGUACCAACAUAUCAACGUCUAACUGCCAUUUUACAGGCAGUUUGAAAAAUGACAGGAGCUGAUUGUUGGUACUCAUUUCUCUCCAAGCUUUGAUACAUCUCUCCUGUAGCUAUACAGUGAAAUGGAACCUGCCCUGUAUGGCGGAAUGUGUUCUGUUUAAAUUCCCUGCUGCCCCUAUCUGUUGGGUACAGCAAUCAGGCAUAAUGCAGUAGGAAACCAUUUAUUAGACAUAUUCUGUAACAUAGUAAUGUUCUGUAUCAUUGCAGUGUUGUGUGCAACAUUAACAAGAUAUAAUUCAUGGAACUCUAGUAUUGCUUCUUUAUUAGUUGAAUACUGGCCUGUGUGGAAAUAUACUUACAUACAGUACAUGAAUACAUUUUUAUAUCAAUAUAGUAAAACAUAGCAUGUCUUACAUAUGUAGCAUCAUACUUAAUGUGAGCUUUAUGUAUUUCUACGGAGUUAAAUUUAAAAUUAAAGGAGUAUUUAAGUAACAUAAAAUGGAUUGUUGUAAACGUAGAGAUACAGUGUUUGUAGAAGUGUAGAAUGGCCACAUUUAUUAUAGUACAGUCUUCCUUGUUCUGGGGGCUUUAUAUGGACUAUUUGCAUACAUACAUUUCUGGACACUGGUUUCAGCAAUCUUUACUUGAGUAAAUCUGGAUCCUAAAAGCUUAUAACAGACCUAAUGCAACUUUGUUCAAGGAAGUGUCUGCAGCACCGAGAGAAGAAUAACACCAAGCACCAGUAGGUAAUUCAGUUUUUGUCACAUGCUUAAAGUGAUACAAACCUGAAUAUCUUUAUUUAUAUUGUGUGCAGAAACACAAGUGUGCAAAUGCUGCUUGUUUCCAUGUUCUGUCUUUUAGUAAAGAUAUAAUUAUGGGAGGGAACAAAUUUGCUUACACAGACCAAGCCGCCAUGAGUGUUCCCCUAUACCUCCUCCCUCUCUUUUCUACCUCUUAAAACUCCUAUGAGCCAGUGCAUAGGCUGAAAAGUGGAAGUAUUCAAUGGUAAGUGUGAUAUAUGUAAGGGGGCAGUCAUAACCCUAGAGCAAAAACUAUCAAAACAACAGGUGGUUUAUUUAGCUUGCUGUACUUCUAAAAGACUAUAAGACUAAGUAAGAGUCAUGAAGUUGUCUACAGAAACAUAUUUUCUAAAGAAAUGUACUAGUCCCCCAAAUAAUCCAGAAUUGUAAAAGUUCCUCUACGAUCCACUGCCAGAGCAAUUCAGCCAGAGGUAUCUGUAUUAUGUCACUUCGCAGAACCUGGCAUCACAAUGUCUCUGUUCCUCCCCCUUAAAUAACCACUGGUGAUAAAGUUUUGUAUUGUCAGUUUCUGUACAAUCAACUCAUCCAUAUACAGAACACAUACUGUAGGCAGAGUUCCAUACCUGUAAUCAGCUACUUCUCCCAGCUCCUGUACUUUGGUGAUCAGCAAUCCUCCAUUCCUUUGUUUCAGCACAUUCCACCUUAAUUCAAGUCUUUCUCAAUGAUAUUUAGAUCUUUGUUAACCCCAAAGCAGAAUGUGUUAUCCCUGAGACAAUGCUAUGAAAAUUGAUAUCACAUCAUCAAAAAAGUAGAAGAGGAAGAGGCUUCUAGACUUAAAUAGUCCAGGUUAGUAACAAAGUGGAGACAUCCAGACAAGCAUUAGGAAGAAAACUGAUACUACUAGUACUUUGAGCAUGAAAAACAUGAAUAACAUGUAUAGAAAUCAUAAUGAUGGAAAGUACAAAAUUAAGUGGGCUAAAGCUACAUGAAAGUCACUGAUUCAUGGUACUUACUGUAGUUACUCCAUAUUGUUUAUAUGUUUUAUUAAUAAAGAAGCUGCUAGACUUACAGACUGUGUAUUAGUGAUGCUCAAGGUCUUCAUAAUAAAUCAAAUAUAUACUUUACAUAAAAUAUGUAAAAUAAAUGUUUAAGUUACUUGUUUUCCCCCCAUGAUAGUUAAUGCAGCCAUUAACAUCAGAUUGACUGAUCAUUUUUGUCGAUGAGUUGCAGAAUGGUGACAGUUGCACACAUCUUUAAUACAUAGGGCCAGAUGUACUAAGCCUAAGUGAUACAUUUCACGGUGAUAAAGAACAAACCAAUCAGCUCCUAACUGUCAUUUUUCAAAUCCAGCCCGUAACAUGGCAGUUAGGAGCUGAUUGGCUGGUAGUGUGAAAUCUAUCACUUUUUUACAAUAUGCAAAAAUAGAUUAGCGUUAGAGUGGGGGUUUUAUAUACCAUAGUAGUAACAUUUUGCAUUACGUAAAAUGUGGAAAGUUGUAAAUGAAGGUAAAUUGAGUAGUAUGUUAAGCGCAACAUGAAAACGUUUAAAGUUAGAAGGGAAGUGGGGUUUCAGAAUGUGUUUGCAGGAGGCACUUCAAAAGGAAAAUGUCUAUGUUUUGAGGUGUAUCCAUGAAAUGCAGAUAUAUAAAAUGUCCUUAUUUGAUAUUCAACACUACAGAAGGGAUAUAGCGUCAUGUUGGUACAUCUUUGUCAGGGCAAGAAUCUGUCAUUUUAUACAUGUACAAGAAGAAUCCCCAUCUACAGUAGCUGUAUAACGCCUACUGAUUUUAAUGUGUUUCAUGAUGGAAUAUAAAAAAGAUCAGUGAAAGCAACAAUGUCUAAAAUGUUGUUUUAUAUAUGAAUAUCUAACUGAUUGUUGAGAAUAUUCCAAAUUGUGUGACUGCAGUAUGGUGGGACUUUAAUAUGGCUGAAAAUGAAUCUCUUUUGCCCAAUAGUUUAUUGUGGAGACCAAACAUUCAUGUGAAGACAGUCAUUAGCAAAUCACAGAACAGCAUUAUCAUGACUGCACCAUGGCACAGACUUUUACACUUAUUCGCCAGUCUACAAUACCUGACACCUGAUGAGACAUGGUGUAGUGUCAUCUCUGCGAUUCGCAUGGAUGUUAACCAUGCGCACUGAGAUUAGCAAAUUAUAACAAAACUAGAAAAAGGGUUCAACAAAUAAUGUGAUUACAGAGCUGUCUGCUUUUUAUAACAUUGAUGUCGCCCAGUAAUAAUGAAUGCACUUAACCUCAUAUUUUUCUAGUUUUGGGAGAUUUCUUCAAACAGUUUGAAACAUCUCUCAUUUCUGUGACAUUGAUCAUUAUUGCAAAGAGUUUUGACAGUACUUGCCAGAAAUGAUCAAUAAAGGUGUUCUUCUCAGUAGAGUCACUUUCUUCAAUACAUUGCAGUAGAGCAUUAUGGGAAAGAUAUUUAUUUUCUCGAUGAUACAAUAGAUAUGAAAGCAUUUAUUACCUCUUAAUUAAAGAAGGGAAUAAAAAAAUGUAGCUCUGGUUAAUGGUCACUAAGAUAAGAUCAAACAUUAAGAUCUACUUUUGGUGCAGUCUUCCACUGAUCCAUAAGGGUCAUCAGAAGGCUCCAAAACUUCAGGAUUUUACAUUACAUCCUGCCUAAUUCUCACAGGCAGAAUGUAAAGUUCAUGGGGAUUUGUGACUGAUAACAGAACUGCGUGUCAGAAAAUGCCCCACGUUAUUAGUGCAGUGUCGAAAUUUAGUUAGUUCACGGGAACACGAUAGAUCUGUAUAAUACAGUAUGACACACAAUGUAACACAUCUUUGUAUUUGAUGUGAUUUUAGUCACCUCUACCCAAAAUUAAAUUGUACAUACAUUUAAUUUUACAUGCAAUAUGUAUCCAAAAUACUGUACCAUUUUAAUUUGCAACCAUAAGGUCCUUUUAAAUAAUAUUAUUUAAAAAAAAGUUUUGCAGCACGUGUAUUACAUUUAAUUUAAUUAUUACAAAAGGCACAUCACAGUCUGUGAACUGCUUUGCACUAACCUAAUAAGUAUGGAACAUGUACGGCUAUUUAGUGCCGUAUUUUGUACAUUUGUGGAGAUAUAUGAGAAGAAUGUAUGCUAAAUCCUAUAAAUGCACAUGCAUUGUAGGCAUUUAUAGGGUUUUGGUUAUUGGUAUUAAUUGUUUUGUUCCUUGACUACAUACAGUGGUGCUUGAUAUUUUGUGAACCCUUCAAAAUUUUCUAUAUUUUUGCUGAAAUUUGGCCUAAUACUACCUCAGAUUUUCACACAAGACCUAAAAGUAGAUAAAGAGAACCAAAUCCAACAAAUGAGAAAAAAAUUAGAUCCAAUAUCACAUAUCUGUGAGUGGCAAAAGUAUAUGAGCCUUUACUUUUAGUAUCUGGAUUGACCCCCUUGUGCAGCAAUAACUGCAUGUAAACAUUUCCAGUAAUUGUUGAUUAGACCUGAACAUCGGCUUGGAGGAAGUUUACCCCCUUCCUCCUUGCAAAAAAGCUUCAACUCAAUUAUGUUGGUGGGUUUCGUCCCAUGAACUUCCAGGUUCCCUCUGUCCUCACUUCAGGUCCUUCCACAACAUUUCAAUUGGAUUAAGGUCAGGACUUUGACUUGGCCAUUCCAAGACUUUAAAUUUAUUCUUCUUUAACCAUUGUUUUGUUGAAUGACUUGUGUGGUUUGUGUCGUUGUCUUGCUGCAUGACCCACAUUCUCUUGAGAUACAACUCAUGGACAGAUGUCCGGAUAAUUUCCUUUAGAAUAUUCUGGUAUAAUUCAGAAUUCAUUGUCCCAUCAAUGAUGGCCUGUCAUCAUGGGACAGAUGCAGCAAAAUACGCCCAAACCAUGAUACCACCACAGCCAUGUUUCGCAGAUGGUAUGAGAUUUUAAUCUGGAAUGUAAUGUUCUCUUUUCGCCAAACAUAACUCUUCUCAUUGAAACCAGAAAGCUCUAUUUUGGACUCAUCUGUCCAUUAAACAUUGUUUCAAUAGCCUUUUGGCUUGUCCAGGUGACCUUUAGCAAACUGCAGACGGGCAGCAAUGUUCUUUUUGGAGAGCAACGGCUUUCUCCUUGCAUUCCUGCCAUGCACACCACUGUUGUUCAGUGUUUUUCUGAGGGUGGACUCAUGAACAUUAACAUUAGCUAAUGUAAGACAGGCCUUCAGUUGCUUAGAGGUUAUUCCUUAGUUACCUUGCAAAAAUAUUAGACGCCUUGCUUUUGGCAUGAUCUUUGUUGGUCGACUAUUCCUGGGGAGGAUAGUAAUGGUCUAAAAUAUCCUCCAUUUGUACACAAUCUGUAUAACUGUUGAUUGAUGGAGUCCAAACUCUUCAGAGAUGGUUUUGUAACCUUUUCCAGCCUGAUAAGCAUCAACAACUCUUCUUCUGAGGUCCUCAGAAAUCUCCUUUGUUCGUGGCAUAAUGCACACCCACAAACGUGUUGUGAACAUGAGAGUUUGAUAGAUCCCUGUUCUUUUAAAAAGACAGGUUGUCUACUCACACCUGAUUGUCAUCCCAUAGAUUGAAAAUUCCUGACUCUAACUUCACUUUCAAAAUAUCUGCUAAGCCUAAACGUUCACAUACUUUAUCCACUCACAGCUAUGUGAUAUUGGAUAAUUUUCCUCAAUAAAAAAAAUGAGCACAUCUAAUUUUUUGGCACAUUUGUUUGAUUUGGUUCUCUUUAUCUACUUUUAGGACUUGUGUGAAAAUCUGAGGUAGCUUUAAGCCAAAUUUCUGCAAAAAUAUAGAAAAACUUGAAGGGUUAACAAACUUUAAAACAUCACUGUAACUGCAUUAUACAUACUUAUAUAUUUAAAGUUUAUUUUGAUGCAAUGAAGUAUGGAUGAAAAUUGGACAAUUCUAGUAAUUGCGCUGUAAUAUCUCAUAAUGUUGUUUAGAUUAUACUUUGAAAUUAUAUGUACCUCUGUUCACUAGUCACGUUACUGAAUACUGUACUUCAUUGGAAAUAUUUUUUUUCUUAUAUACCUUCCCUAAAUAUGUAAAGAUAACAAUGUAAAAUGUAUAAUGAAACGUAAAAAAGAGUUUCUGUGACAAUUGACCUUAGUUACAAAAGCUUGUAUUUCUAUAUUAUGUUCUUGUGCAAGAUGCAUGUUCUUUUUCUGUAUUAUUAAUGAGUAAUCUCUGAAAAUACAAUCAAUGCCAAAAUAAAAAUGAAUUUGCUUUCAGAAAAACAAGCAAGUGUACAAAGCAGUUGUUAAAUACUAGUGUGUGAAUAUUCUUUUUAAUCAAAGAGAUCCAGAUGUAUAACCGAAAUUUGCAUAAAUUCCUGAUCAAAUCGACUAUUUUUACAUUUGUAACUACAACAAUAGAAGUGACGGAAACAUCCUCUAAUUUGUGACCUUGGUUAAAGAAAUGUUAACACUUAAGUGAAAACUGUUUUAAUGUAUCACCUUUGCUUGCUAUUUCCAACUAAUUGCUUAAUAUUAUCUUUUUUGUAUUUCUUAUUAAAGGUUAAUUUAACUAUAA